AUGAGCACGCGAAAUAAAUUCAAUUUUGGCGUACCUGCUGACGAAUCAGCCUUAGCAGAUGCCUUACAUGAAAUCAUCAACGGCGAUGACUCUGAUUUGGAAAUAGACAUUGGAGAUGAAGAUGUUGCAGAAGAUCCACCGUACGUUCCUACAGGUGAUGGCGACGAGGAUGAGAGUUCAGAAAAUGGUUCAGAAGAGGAAGACGUGCAAGGAAAUGAUGUGGUUCUAGGAUCAAACAGCUGCCAGUCUUCGCAGGUUCAGCCUCCAUUGGUUGGUAACAUUUCCCAACGACGUGUAUAUUGGAAAAGUACAAAUGUCUUUGAACCAUUGCCACCAGCCCCAAACUUCAAAGAGCCAGAGAGAGUGGUAAUAAAUUUGCCACCGCAUGAUUAUUUUACAAAGUACAUACCUAGCGAUAUUUACGAGCGAAUUGCAUUCCAUAGUAACCAGACUUAUCUUGCUAAAACAGGAACCAGUUUGAAUACUUCUGAAAAGGAAAUCAGAACUUUUUUUGGAAUAACUCUCAUGAUGUCUUAUCUUCGAUUCCCCAGGAUCAGAAUGUAUUGGGAGAAGAAAAGUAGAAUAUUUGCUAUUGCAGAUAGGAUGGCUAGAGACAGAUAUUUCAAGCUAAGGGCAUCUUUGAAGGUGUUAACUGAUGCUGAUGUUCCAGAUUCAGAAAAACAAAAGACCAAGUUCUGGAAGGUCCAACCUCUAAUAUCUUGUAUCCGAAACGGCUGUUUGAUGAAUGUUCCAACAUCAAAUGUCUGUGUCGAUGAACAGAUGAUUCCUUUUUGGGGGAAACAUGCAGCGAGACAAAUGAUAAGAAGCAAACCCAAUCCAGUUGGGCUGAAAAACUUUGUUUUGGCAUGUCCCAAUGGCUUGCCCCUGGAUUUUUUUAUUUAUGAAGGCAAAGGAGAUACAAUCUUAGAUGACGAUAGAGUUCAGGCACUGGACAUUGGUGGCAAAGUGGUUUUCCGUCUUUGUAAUCGACUGCCUCCAGGUUGCUGCAUAUUCAUGGACAGGUAUUUUACCUCAAUCAAUUUGUUGGAGAUGUUACAUUUCGUAUCCGAGUCCACAGGUACUGGAACCCUACAAAAGAACAGGAUACCAUCGAACUGUAAUUUCAAAACUGAUGCCCAGCUUCGUCGCCAAGGCCGAGGAAGCUACUGUCAGCAAGUUCUAUCGACAGGACAAGUAGCAGCGGUCAAGUGGUUUGACAACAAGCCAGUACAUCUAGCUUCAUCGGUUCAUGGCGCUGAGCCAACAGAUGAAUGUCGCCGAUGGGAUAAGAAUCAUAAAAGGUACAUCAAUGUCCCACGUCCAGCUGUUGUAGAAGAAUACAACGAGAAUAUGGGAGGCGUAGACUACUUAGAUCGUAUGAUCAGUUAUUACCGAAUAUCUGCCAGAACAAGGAAAUGGACUGUUAGACUAAUAUUCCAUUUGUUUGACUUUGCAAUUGUGGCUGCAUGGAUUGAGUACAAAUUAGAUCAUGAAAAACUAGGCACGCGAAGUCGUAAUAUUCUAGAUUGUUUGGGUUUCCGUGAGCAAAUAGCUGAGUAUUUACUCGAAAAUGACGCCGAAAAUGAAGAAGAUCCACCUCUUAAUGACGCCACUACCAUUGCAAGACAAAGCAAGCGAGCUAGGACAGAGCAUCCCACUGAUUUUGUCAGGACUAAAGGGGUAGAUCACCUGCCUCUUGUUCUUGGUUCCCAAAACCGAUGCAGAUUACCAGGAUGCAAGUCCACUAAGGCCAGGCAUCAAUGCCCCACUUGCAAAGUGAUACUAUGCUUGAUGGCUGGAAGAAACUGUUACAAAGACUAUCACGAAAAAUAG